CUUAACAAAAUGGCGGGUGGGCUGUGAAAUUAACGACGCUUUGCGUUUUCUUAUAAUUAUAAGGGUUAAAACAGUUAUUUGUAUUCUGAGUAUGUUUUAAUAGUGCUACGAAAAUGGAUUUCGAUGAAAUUGUAGUAAAAGAAAGCCCCGGCUUGUGCCGGUGUUGUCUUUCUGAGGGAUGCUACAAAGACCUAGGAUCGGAAUAUAGUUGGAUGAGUGAAACAGAAAUUUACGCCGAUAUGUUACUGGAAUGCUUUGAUAUUAGUAUAUCUCAACACCCGACGGGCCCUAACGGCUCCAACCGGCUGAUCUGCGAGGUGUGCAUCACGCGGCUGCGGGAUGCCUGCAACUUCAAGAAGCAAGUGCUGGAGUCGGAGAAGAAGUUUGUGGAUAUGGUGGGCAGGGGGGAGUUCCGGCCAAAAGUGCUGCUGUAUCAGACACAGAUGAAGACUGAACGUGUUAUGGAGCUUGAAGAGGAGACCGGCGCUGACGACAGCGGCGAGGUCGAAUAUCUUGAGGAGGACGCAGACUUUGUUGAUGAGGAGCUCCUAAAAAACGAAGACUACGGCGAAGCCUCCGUGUCGGAAGACAUCACCGUCUCCACCCUAGCGGUGAAGGGCAAGCGCGGCCGGCCCAAGAAGGCCGCAGCCAAACCGGAGAAGAAGGCCAAGGUGGCCAAGACCGAGGAGAAGCCCAAGAAAGCGGUUGCUAAAGAUGAAUAUCCGCACCGCCCGUACGACAGCUGUACCUCUCAGCGGCGGAGGAAAAAUUUACAAAUAUUAUUCAAUAACACCUCCGUGAUGCCUUUCAAAUGGCGGGGCACGUACCUAUGUUUCUACUGCGGGAAAAACUAUACAGAGUAUCCGGAGUUCAGAAAGCACACAAAGUCACACGGGCUCUGCUCUACGAACGAUUAUUCUCUUAAAAUUAUUAAAGGGAACCAUAUAGAGAUAAAAAUAGAUGUCUCUGAUAUCGUUUGCGAGAUAUGCUGUGACCCCUUUAACAGUUUUGAUGAAGUCGUCGAACAUUUGAACUCGAAACAUGAUCUGAGAUACGACACUAGCGUACAAAUCCCGUUUCAGUUAUACAGACUUUCAGAUUUCCGAUGCUUACUGUGUGAUGAGCAGUUCAACUACUUCGGAUACUUGGUAAAGCAUGUGAACAGCGUUCACCCACAAAAUUGCUUCAUAUGCGAUGACUGUGGACUCACUUUCAAUAAGAAAAGAGAUCUCGCUCUACAUUCGAGAGAUAACCAUCGUCAGGGAGGGUACCCGUGUGACCAAUGCGCCAGCAAUUUCAAAACGAAAGGCAUGCUGCGCAAACACCAAAACACAUUCCAUUUCAGAAAAUGCAAAGACUGCUCGUUAACGUUCGCGUCUCAUAGCCUACUACAAAAACACAUACAGUUAGACCAUCCAGACGAUGGGAGUUUGAAGUGUGUUUAUUGUGCGAAGGAGCUGCAUUCUAAGCAGGGUCUCAAACAGCAUCUUAAUAAAUGCGAAGUAAGAUUACUCUCCCAAAUCGAUGCUCCUCUGCCUAGUAACGCUUUUGAAGAGUCUUACGUCGAGCCCAGAAAGAAACAGAACAUAUUACAAAUAAGGGAAAAUAUCCAAUGCGUUCUCAACAUGUCUACCGCUAUACCUUUCAAAUUCUUUUCAAAGUAUUCAUGUUUUUACUGUUCUAAAAAGUUUGUCGAAUUUGAAGAACUUAAAGAACACACUUUAAGGGAACACCCGAUUUGCGACGUCAAAUCUAAGUGCAUGAAGAAAUGCAAAGGUGAAAGGAUAAAUGUUAAAGUGGAUGUCGCCAAUUUAGCGUGCAAAAUAUGCUGCCAGCCUAUUGACGACUUAGACAUAUUAAUAGACCAUCUCAUAGCUGACCAUAAAGCUAAUUAUGACAAGUCUCUAAAACGUUGCUUCGAACCUUUCCGUAUAAUCAAAGACAAUAUGCCAUGUCCCCUAUGUUCCGAUAAGACUUUUAGAUAUUUCAGCACUCUUCUAAGACAUAUCAACUCCGAACACAGCAACAAUAACAGAAUCUGCGAUUUCUGCGGUCGUAGUUUUAAAAAUGUCACCAAUCUCAAAGUUCACAUCACUUACGCCCAUACCGGUUCAUGCGAAUGCGACGUAUGCGGGCUUAAAUUUAAAAACCAAUGGUGUCUCGCGCGACACAAAGCUAAAACCCACAACGCGAAAGACUACAAGUGUCCCAAAUGCCCCGAACAAUUCCAAUCUCAGUACCACAAGCAGAAGCACCUAAUAACGACCCACGACAUCGGCCACAAGUGUUCUUACUGCGGCAAAAUGUUCACAAGGAACUCCUUUAUGAAGGAUCAUAUCCGUAGAACACAUUUGAAGGAGAAAAACGUGCCUUGUUCCGUUUGUAACGAAAAGUUCUUUGAUAACUAUCUCCUUCGCAUGCACAUGGUUAAGCAUGAGGGAGAGAGAAAGUUCAGCUGCGAAGUUUGUGGUAAGGCGUUUCUCAGGCGGAGCAAUCUCAGCUCUCACAUGGACAUGCACAAAAAAUACGGCCAUGUUCAAGUUUAGUUCGAUCUCAUUAGGCGCAUAAGACGUGACUAAUUAUUUAAAAA